AGCCCAGUGUGUGUCAUAAGAUUAAAAUAAGCAAAAAUUUGAUAAUCCAGCUAGACUUUUGAGUGGUGAAGGUGUUGGUUAUAUUAAUAGCCAUGGCAUUUCAGGAAUUCCUGGAGAAAGUUGGUGGAAUGGGACGUUUCCAAAUAAUUCAUGUUGUUCUGCUGUCUCUUCCUAUAUUUAUGAUGGCUAGCCACAAUCUUAUGCAGAAUUUCACUGCAGCUAUUCCUAAACAUAGAUGUCGACUCAAUGCUUCAUGGGAAAAGGACAACUUUACCAUUGAGGAGCUCCGGCCCUUUAUUCCUAUGGAUCCUUCAGGAGAGACCUCUAGUUGCUUUAGAUACAUCAGUCCCCAAUUUCACUUUCACAAUUCUACUGCUAACAGCACUGAUACAGAAUUAUGUGCAGAUGGCUGGGUAUAUGAUCACAGUGAGUUUUUAUCAACCAUUAUAACACAAUGGGACUUGGUCUGUAAACACCGCCGAAUGAGACAAGUGGCUCAAUCCAUUUACAUGGCAGGGGUUCUGGUUGGGUCCAUUGUAUUUGGGAGUCUCUCAGACAAGUUUGGACGUAGACCCCUAAAUAUUUGGUCUCAACUUCAAAUGGCUGUGGCUGGAUUAUGUGCAGCGUUUGCACCUAACUACAUUGUGUACUGCAUCUUCCGAUUCCUGACAGGGACUGCACUCUCUGGCAUUGUACUGAACUCCUACUCUUUGAUUGUAGAGUGGAUCCCCACAAGAUCACGUGCCUUCACAAGCACGGCCACUGGAUACUGCUACACGCUUGGUCAGCUGGUACUGGUAGGGUUGGCAUACCUGAUCCGUGACUGGCAUAUGCUACAGCUAGCAUCAUCCCUUCCUUUCUUUAUCUACUUUCUCUAUUCAUGGUGGAUUCCGGAGUCUGGACGUUGGCUUGUUCUCACAGGGAAAGCUGAUCAAGCUGUCAAGGAGCUGAGGAAAGUGGCCAAGCUCAAUGGAUUGAAAGAAGAAGGCGAAACGCUCACAGUGGAGAUUAUUAAAUCUGGCAUGCAGAGAGAAAUCAAUGCUGCUAAAAAGUCUACCUAUUCCGUCAUAGAUCUGGUUAGGACACCUUUGGUUAGACGGAUAUCCUUUUGUAUAUGUUGCACUUGGUUCUCCACCAGUUUUGCUUAUUAUGGGCUUGCUUUAGACCUGCAGAAAUUUGGAGUCAGCAUCUAUCUCAUGCAAAUCAUAUUUGGGGUUGUAGAUAUCCCUGCCAAAUUUAUUUCCUACUUUGUGAUGUCAUACAUUGGACGUCGUGUCCUACAAAGUGGCUCCAUGAUCCUGGCAGGCAUAGCGAUUUUGGUGAACAUAUUUGUGCCAUACGAGUUUCAGGUUGUACGAACAUCAAUGGCGGUUUUUGGAAAAGGGUGUCUGGCAGCAUCAUUCAACUGUCUCUAUCUAUACACUGGUGAAAUGUACCCAACUGUUAUCAGACAGUCAGGAAUGGGGCUUGGGACCAUGAUGGCACGGCUUGGUGGAAUUGUUGCCCCACUUGCUCAAAUGACUGCAGAUUAUUACCAGCACCUCCCACUGAUUAUUUACGGCUGUUCGCCUAUCAUUUCUGGCAUUGCAGGAUGUUUCCUUCCAGAGACACUUGGUGUCCCCCUUCCUGAAACAAUAGAAGAAGUGGAAAGGUCAAGUAGUAGAAAUACAGAUGCCACAAUCGGUGAGAAGAUGACUUUAAAAUCACAGGAAUUGACAUUAAAAAAGCAGAAGCUUAACCUUGGAUAAUCAACUUUUUCUACCCAUGCCUAGAUAUGGCACAGAAAAUGGUUAAAUACUUCCUGAUUUAGAGGACAGUAGAUUACCAGACCGUUAACUGACUUCACAAUCCUCUUUUGAUAGCUUGCAGUAUUGUACAAUUAAGCUUGUGUUGUGUUAGACCGUCAAAUAUACAGUGAUAUGCACGAAAGGAUGAAUCAUAUGUGCACAUGGAUUGAACACCAGAUCAAUGGAAUCUGUCCAAUUGAUUAAAUAGAAGACCUGAAGGGGCUUCUGCUGACCUUUACCUUUCAGAAGUGCUCGGAGCGUUGGGAUACCUGGCACACAGCAGAACCCCCACUGUCCCUUACAGUUUGGCUACUACUGAUAAAAACGUUUUAUUUUUACACCAUUGUCACAAAGGUCAAAGUUCCAUUAUACGAUCUGUUAAAGGUCAACUGAUAUCACCAGGAGGUAAAAUAAAAAUACUAUCU